AAAAAGUUACUUACUGCUCUACCUCCACCUAAAUCCUGAAUUUGUCAUACAAAAUUCCUUCACUAGAGCAGCUUUUGUUUAACUGGAAUUUAAAUAAUCCAGAAAAAGUAAAACUUUUACAGUUUUCGUUUCUCUGCUUCUUGUCCUCUUCUUGUCCUUUUUUUUUUAAUUUAGGGAAAGAGUUAUUGCAUUGCUUCAUUAUAGUUUCAAAAAAUUUAUAUUUUAAGACAUUUUUGGUAUUUAAUCCAUAAAUAAAUAAAACAAUGAUCGCUCUCGGGUUAGAAGGCUCUGCAAAUAAACUAGGAAUUGGCAUCAUCCAACAUGAUGCUAAUGGAAAGGCAACCGUUUUAGCAAAUGUUCGCCAUACCUAUAUUACUCCUCCAGGACAAGGAUUUUUACCUAGCGAUACAGCUAGACACCACCGGGCUUGGAUUAUUCCAUUGAUGAAACAAGCAUUCGCUGAAGCUAAAAUUUCGUUUUCUCAUAUCGACUGUAUAUGUUUUACUAAGGGUCCAGGCAUUGGUGCACCUCUCAAUAGCGUCGCUCUUGUAGCUAGAACCCUUUCCUUAAUGUAUAACAAGCCGUUGGUAGCAGUGAAUCAUUGUAUUGGGCACAUUGAGAUGGGCCGCGAAAUUACAGGUGCACAGAAUCCCGUCGUCUUAUAUGUUUCUGGUGGAAACACGCAAGUGAUAGCAUACUCCCAAAGAAAAUAUAGAAUAUUUGGUGAGACUUUAGACAUCGCAAUUGGAAACUGCUUAGACAGAUUCGCUCGUGUAAUUUCACUGUCGAAUGCACCUUCCCCUGGUUACAACAUUAUGCAGGAAGCCAAACGUGGAAAUCAAUUUGUUGAAUUACCCUAUACUGUGAAAGGCAUGGAUUGCUCCUUCUCUGGUUUACUCUCUGGUGUUGAAGCAGUUGCAAAUGAAGUAAUGGAUGAAAAAAAUCCUAAUAAAAUUACCAAACAGGAUCUUUGUUAUUCUUUGCAGGAAAACGGAUUUGCAAUGUUGGUGGAGAUUACAGAACGCGCAAUGGCUCAUGUAGGAGCUGAUUCGGUUUUGAUUGUCGGAGGUGUUGGCUGUAAUGAUCGUCUUCAACAAAUGAUGGGAGAAAUGUGCUCAGACAGAGGUGCCAAGGUAUAUGCUACUGAUGAAAGGUUCUGUAUCGACAAUGGAAUUAUGAUUGCUCAAGCAGGUCUACUUGCUUUUAAAACAGGAGGAAUAUGUUCUUUAGAAGAUUCCACCAUUACCCAAAGAUAUAGAACCGAUGAUGUACAUGUAGCAUGGCGAGAAUAAAAAAUAGUUUUACGACACUUAACUAAAUUAUUACGAUUUAUCAAAGCAAAUAAAUACAAAAUUGGGACUGGGGUUUAGUAGAAGAUAAAUAUGUUAUUCGCAAUUGCUUUUCAAUUACCAGAUUCAAUUAUCUAGUAAAACUGACAUU